AAUUAGAUAUUCCCUUCAUACCAACGAAUGCUCUCGAGGAUAGCAAUACGGCCUGGUCAGGCUUUCAGAGCAGCCUCUGCUUUGUCUUCAGUGAGGAGGGCUCGCUUUAUUCAGAGCUCUUCGUCGUUCAAAGCUUCUGCCUCACCCUUCACUGAACCGACUUCUCCGAAUCCAUCCGUCGAGAAAUAUGCGCAGGCUGCUGAAUCUCUUCAUACCUACGGCUCAUAUCUCAUGCAGUGUCUGCCCAAGUUCAUCCAGCAAUUCUCUGUGCUCCGAGACGAAUUAACGUUGUACACGGCGCCUUCUGGCAUCAUCCCUCUGCUUACAUUCCUCCGAGACCAUUCUCAAUGUCAGUUCAAGAGUGUUAUGGACAUCAGUGGAGUUGAUUUUCCGGAGAGAGAGAAAAGGUUCGAGGUUGUGUACCAUAUGUUGAGCGUUAGGUUUGCUGGAAGGUUGAGGGUCAAGACAUAUGCUGGUGAGGGAGACCAUGUACCGAGUGCCGUUGAGAUUUUCAGAGGCGCAGACUGGUACGAACGUGAAGCUUGGGAUCUCUUCGGAAUCUUCUUCAGCGGUCAUCCUGAUCUUCGGCGUAUCCUGACCGACUAUGGCUUCGAAGGCCAUCCUCUCCGGAAAGACUUCCCUCUUACUGGAUAUACGGAGGUACGGUAUGACGAGGAACGUAAGCGUGUCGUGUACGAGCCCCUGCAGCUCACUCAAGCCUUCCGGAACUUUGAAUCUCUUUCUCCUUGGGAACAAAUCGGCCAAGGUGUCAAGCCAAAUCGCCCUGAGGAACUCAAACCCUUACCUCCACCAAAGGCUGAGCCAGAAACUAAGAAGUAAUAUACUGUAGAUUGUUUAGUCUAUGUCAAUGAAAUUCUGUUUUGGCUUG